UGUAUUUGUGCAAAUGUUUUCAUCUAUAGGUGACAUAAACACGAGGCUCCUCUGCUCACUGCUUCUAUUUGUUCUGUAUUAUUGCCUGUUUAUAUUCACAGUACUAUCAAUGGAAGUUAAAUUAAAGUAGGAAAUGUGUUCACCCUAAAACAUCCCAUUUAACAUAUUUAGCUUCGUGUGCUUUUUCUGUUCGUUUCUAUGGACAGUAGAUGACUCUAUAGGUGAAAUAUGCAGCAUGUUUUUCCUCCUCAUAUUUGUUCUAUGUCGCUGUCUGACCUCUGACCGGCCUCUCAGGAUGAGAACGUGCAGCUGUGCUUUGUUCCACAUGUAUGUCGUUCGUGCGCCUCGUUUACGAGCUCGACGGAGGUGUGACCUGCACUAACGAACCCGGUGACGUGAUGCCAGAUGUUGGAGUCGAUCUAUCGCCGUCGGCUAGCAUGACGCUGCGAUGGGUUUGAUGGAGCCGACUGGAGCUGGAGCUUUGGAUCGAUACCAGACGGACCUCCAGGAGUUUUAGAAAUGAAAAUUCUGCCAGAGCAUGGCCGGGAGUCAGAAUAACUACUGGGGACAGCAUGAGCUGAACAGAGUUUGCUUUGGUCUGAAUGCUGACAUGGAUCACAGCCUGAAGGAGCUUCAACAGCAGCAAACGGCCAAAGAGUUUAACUCCAACAUCUCCCUCUUCCUAACCUCUGAUAACUUCCUGCUGCACCAUGAAGGAGACCAGGUGGUUCCUUCCUCCCAGAGACGAGCGGCGUUCGGCGGCCGCCACAGAGAAUCCAAACCCCUGCCGCCUCUUCCUGACCCAGAGGAGCUGAUGUCAGACGAAGCAGCUGACAGUGAAGUGGAGUUCUUCACCAGCGACCGACGGCGCCUUCUGCCUAAAAGCUGCCCGAAGCCGGUGUGCAGAGGCAGCAGAGACUGUGGACAGGUGAAUUACGCCUACCAGGAGAGUUCACUGCGUGCCGGUGGAGCUGGGAUUGCUUUCUCUUGGCCCAGCAGAGAGGAGGCGGCUAGAAGAGGCCGGUUUGGAGCAAAUAACUGGCUCCAGAGAGACGAAAACCAGCAUGAGGCGUCAGCAAACGGGGAACCUUUGAAAGACCAACCAUCCAGAGACAGAUUCUCCUGCUCAGACCUCUUCCCCGCUGACAAACCCCAAGUCCCUCCUCGCAUCCCCAUCCCGCCCAAACCCGCCGCUUUCUCAAAGACCAGCCACGACGACAAGCCUCCCAAAAUCCCUCCGAGGGUCCCGUUGGUCCCGCCCUGCCCGCCGCGCACCCCCAGCCCCAAAUGUCUUCCCAUCUACAUCAACGGAGUGAUGCCCGCCACUCAGAGCUUCGCCGCUAACCCGGAGUACGUGAGCAAGGCCUUACAGAGACAGCAGAGCGAACGGGCGCCGCCUCCGGCCCAGUUUACCCCCUGCAUCGUCCCCAUCCUGAAGGACGGCAGACAGGCCAGCGCCACGCACUACAUCCUGCUGCCGCCGGGCCGUCCGCCGCACACCGACAGACGGGACAGACUCAUGAGCGAACCGAUCAAGACGGGACACGGCGGCGCCUGGCAGAAGAGAUAGAACCCUCUGGAAGUACACAACUGUGACUCACAUCACUAAUGACCACGAGGUUUAACGUCAUAUUGACCGAUAUUUUGUCACGCAGCUGCACUGGGAGGUUUGUUUUCCCGUUUUUGACUGAACAUUUUACCGGUCAGUAUUUUAGACUUCAACCCACAACACAUGAUAACACGCAGUAUUUUCACUAAUAGUGGAGAAAUAUUGACUUCCUGUAACCGAGUUUAACUUUGGUUCACCGAGAUACAAACAGGGAAAAUGUAUCAUUACUAAGGCACUUUUCCACUAGCACCUGCUCAGCUCUACUCGACUCAACUCGGCUUAGGCCGUUUUCCGUUAUGGUUGUUCCACCUCAUCAUGGGUGGAGUCCUCAUAGAGCAGCAACCCGGAAGUCCCUUAACAUCAUUUGUGUGCGACACAAAUGCAACACAACAAUGGAGGACUUUAAGGCGAUGGUUCACCUGCUGCUCGGUCACAUUCAAAUUUUGCCAAGUUCCAUGAGGAGCAAAGCGCACCGGACCAUCUACGUUCCACCCCUCACCGAUAAUGAUUAGCUCUGGGUAAUGACCAAAAAAAGAGAGAUACAAGCGUCUGAAAUGAGCUUCCUCUGUAGGGUGUCUGAGCUCAGCCUUAGAGAUAGGAGGAGAAGAUCAGACAUCUGCAGGGAGCUCAUAGUAGAACCACUGAUCCUUCACCUCUGAAGGAACCAGUGGAGGUGGUUUGGACAUCUGGUUCUGAUCCUCCAGGGAGACUUCCUUUGGAGGUUUUCUGAACAUGUCCACCUGGGAGGAGACCCCAGGGUAGACCCAGAACCUGCUGGAGGGAUUAUGUAUCUCAUCUGGUCUGGGAACGCCUCGGGAUCCCCCAAGAAGAGCUGGAAAGUGUUGCUGGGUGGAGGAAAGUCUGGAAUGACCUGCUUCAUCUGCUGCCUCCACGACCUGACCCCAGAUAAGAGGAAGAAAAUGAAUAGAUGAAUGGAUGGCAAUGUGCACUGUCGCUGUUUUUUUUUUUUUUUAAAUGGCAGGUCUGGUUUUCGUGAAGGAGUCACUCUCGUGUCGUCAGCGGCCUGCGCUCUGUAGACGUCACAUUAUCGGCUAAACUCAGCUCGCUUGGAACCCCGGCCCAGUAGGUACUAAAAUAGUACCUGGAACCACAUCGUCAUGGAAAACCUCAUAAACAGAGCAGAGCAGAGUAGGUGCUGGUGGAAAAGCGCCAUAUUUGUUCGUCUGACAGCCUGAGCUCAUGUUUUACUGUUCGUCUUACAAGAGAGUGAAUAAUUACAACGGUACGAGCUGGGCUUGUAUCAAACUGUGUAUUACACGUGUGUCAUUUCUAUGACAAUGCUGCUUGAAGAGUUUAAUGUAUUGAUGGAUUUAAUGUUUUGCUAAAUCAUUCUCACUGACCAACAUUAGAAACCUACAGUGAUGCGAUAGAGCUCAGCUUUUAUCAGGUGGAUUCUAUUGUGCUCUGCAGGUUUUUACAAUAAUUUCACUUACAUCAAACAUAUCCGUCUAGAUCAGGGGUGUCAAACUCAUUUUAGUUCAGGUUAGUUCCACGUUCAGCCCAGUUUGAUCUCAAGUGGACCGGACCAGUAAAACCACAGCAAAAGAACCACAACUCCCAGUGUUUUCUUUGUCUUAAUGCAAAAAGGUUCAAAGUUUUAACAUUUAAGGAAUUAUCUUUUUACAAAACAUCAUGAGGAACCUGAAAUUUCUUCAGAAAAACAAAUUCAAUUUCAGCAACAUUCAGUCUCAGUUUAUCAUUUAAAUAGCACAACUUCCAGAUCAGAGUGUCUACAAACAAAACAAUGAGUAAAGCAAAACACAAAAUGGUAGUAAUAAGACAAAAACACAAGCGAGACAAAAGAGGAAACGCAAAACGACAAAAGUGAGAAACAAAACAAUAAAAACAUGAGACAAAAAUCAGACAAAAUAUUACAAAAAUAAGACGCAAAACAACAAUGAACAAUCUAGUAUUUUACUUUCUGAUCCAAACAACUUGUCAUGGUCUAGAAAUUAUUAUAAAUUUAUAGUUUUACUAAUUUACAAUCUGCAGUUAAUGUCUUCUCUGUAAUUUUUACACUCUGAGGGCCGGAUUGGACCCUCUGGAGGAUCACUUUUGGACCACGGGCCUCAUCUUGGACACCCCUGUUCUAGAUUCUAGUGAAAAACACCCUGUUUUCAUUUUAUUCCAUUUAUUUAAAGGUACGUCGUCAGAAAGGACUAAAAUUUGAAACUUGACUCAAACCUGCAUUCGGGUCUUUCACGAGAAACAGGUCGAAGGUUUUACAUUGAUUUAGUUUUAAUUGAGGACUUCUAAAUCCAAACAGGAACUUUUAAUCAUGAUCGAAAGCUGUUUUAACCGUGUUUGUGACUUUAGCUCUAAUCCGGUCAAACGGAGGACAGACGGGCGUUUUCUGGGCGUCUUGUUACGUUUACACUGUUGAGGUGCAGGCACACUUUCACCACUUUGUUACGUCCACCUGUUGGAAGUUCUCAUGAAGGUUCUGUAUCAGAUUUGGCUGUUUAUCAUGUGUCAAACUUAAAUCACAGUAAAAUUGUUUUUAAUCUAUUUAUAGAAAUAAAUAACUUAUUCAUUCUA